CAUCUGUGUUGAUCGGAGAUGCGCAAAACUUGCUUGCUUUUUAACUCUUUUCGUUGGAGAUAUAGAGCAAAACAGACAGGCUACUGUGUCUAAAAUGUAAGUCAAGUAAUAUUAACUUUUUCUUUUGACAUUUACAAUGUCAUGUUCGGGAAAACAGCCCUCUUCUUCCUCUGAUAUUGCUUAACUUGUAAAACCACGAACUCAUGGCCUACAUACAAAAGUCACUGACACUUGGUGAGGAAACGGACGUGAGGCCUGAGAACAUUGGCAGUAAUCAUGUUAAAACCGUUACAAGUAGCCUAUAUCUGUGCGAAACAAACAUUCAUACAAACUUACCCGUGUUUAUUCAGAAAUUAAUAAACGUGGAAGAUAUUUCAGUACCAAGUGUAACAGUCCAAAGAUUUGACACAUGACAAUGAUUUUUAAUGUUAAUUUCUGUUUAACUUUGAUAUUACUUUUCUAUUUACCCUAUAACAACCAUAUGAAAAUGAGAAAAAAAAAUUCUGCAGGGGUUUUGUAUUGUUUGUUUGUUUUUCCCUUUCCUGAAACACCCCUGAAAACAAUUUGCACGGAUCGGGUAAGUUUAUUUUGCAUGCAACGUGAUUGCAUGAAUGCUAUUAUGCAGCUUUUAUUUAAAAUAAUGUUAUAUGCUUGUUAGUGGGUUAGGAGGACACUUUAAGGAAAUUGGCAAAAACAUUUGACCGCACGUGACUGUGCUCAACAACUGCGAUGAACUGCUGAAGGGGUGGAACUGAAACCAUUUUAUUCUUUUACAAACAAGCAAGUAAUGCUGAUGAAUCUGCGAAAUCAUUGUCGAAUAGGGGAAGCUGGUUAACUUGUUUCACAAUGAAAAAUUCCUGUUUUCAUAAACAUCUCUCUGAGGUUUUUGUAAGUCACUUUUGAGGCAGUUACAAAACCACUCAUCUCUUAAACUCACAAUAAAGGGAAGUGUGUAAGAAAGAAUUUCUGUUACACUGAUUCAGCCAUGAAUCUGAUCUUGUGGGGGAUUGUGCUCCUUGGGAUUUAUGUCCAGCAAUCAGUUUCAGAGAUGGUGGACUGUUUUUCAUCAUUUAAACCGUCCACUGGGAAAUGUAGUGAUCUUUUGGGUCAAGUUAAAAAAAACGACUGUUGCUUGAACACCAACUACGGCUACAAAGAAGCAGAUGGUGUUUGUAAGUCCUGUGGGCGGCCAUCAUGGACUGAAUGGACUCGCUGGGGCGAGUGCUCGGUGAGUUGUACAGAGGGAGUCAGCCAAAGGCGACGAUCUUGUUAUGGAAUUGCUGCUUGCGCAGAUCCUGAAAAUCUAGGAACAAUUCAAACUAAACCAUGUGUGAAAAAAGAAUGCUGUCCAGUGGAAGGUGGCUGGUCAGAGUGGGCGAAAUGGCAGCUAUGUUCAGUCACAUGUGGCGAUGGACUGAAAAAGAGGCGAAGAACAUGUUCUGAACCCAUUCCAGAAUGUGGGGGCUCCUGUAGCGGUGCAGAGGAAGAAACCACCAAUUGCGCCACUGAAGUAAUCUGUCCGACACAUGGCGGGUGGUCCGGUUGGGGAAAUUGGGGUCCCUGUCCAGUUACUUGUCUUUAUGAAGGACGCAAUCCUGAAAUAGAGAUUCGUACAAGGACAUGCACUAACCCUCCUCCAUCUGUGGUUCCACGUGGCAAUGACUGCGAAGGCUCCAACACAGACGGCCGUCCUUGCAGUGGACUACCUUUCUGCCCAGCUGAUGGAAACUGGGGAGCCUGGACAGGUUCCACACCCUGCUCUGUGACGUGUGGAGUGGGCCAGCAGACUCAAAGACGGAUGUGUGAUUCUCCUAAACCUGCACAUGGUGGAAGACGGUGUCAAGGUGAAGAGCAAAAAACUGGUGUCUGCAUCGUUGCUGUCCCCUGUCCGGUAAAUGGGAUGUGGACCGAAUGGAGUGAGUGGAGUCAAUGUAGACAACCUAGCACUAGAAAAAUUAAAUGCAAUACCAGGGAGGGAACCCGAAGGAGAGAGAGGGACUGUGUUGAUAGAAGACACAAUGGAAGCCUCUGUGAAGGAGAGAUUAUUCAACAUGGCAACUGCUAUGACAUUAACGACUGUGACAUGAAGGGCGUCUUGUCAGAGUGGAGUGAGUGGAGUUUUUGCAAACCUGCCUGUGGGCAAAACUCUGAACAAACAAGAGAAAUAAAUUGUGUUGGUGACAUCUCUAAAUACCGUUCCCAAGACCGUGAUAUUUUUGCAGGGGAUCCAAAUGUUAACUGUCAGGGUUUGGAACAACAAAUAGAAAGAAGAACAUGUAAAAACGUUCCUGAAUGCCAGAAUGAGAAUGAAUGAGCAGUCUCCAGAGUAGCUGUUGAAGACAAGAUGACCAGCUGCCUUACACAGUAAACUCACCAGCAGCUGGAAGGACCUCAACAUGCCAAGCUGUUCUCUUAUGAAAUGUGCUAUUAAAAGAAAAACACUUGCUUUAUUAGCUUUUGUGAUAUGGAUUGAAUUGAUUGUUGAUUGAUGCACACCUUUGUAAACUGCUUUGCUGUCACAAUAAAGUUUUAGAGGAAAGUAA